AUGAGCGUGAAAUUUGGGUAUGCAGAGGUGCGAGGAGGGACGACUCGCAGGGCAGCAGGGACCGCGGAGGAAGGUGCGUGGCGGGCGCUGCGCUGCGCCGCGGUUCGGCACCCUCAGUGUCCUCUCUCUUCGCUCCUGACAGACCGCUUCAACCGCACCGGCCACUCCCACCUCACCUCCCUGGACAGCUCGGACUACAGCAGCGUGCUCGUGUCUCCCGUGCUGGUGGCCAGCGCGGUCAUAGGCAUGGUCGUCGCCAUCUCCUGCGUCACCAUCAUCGUGGGCAGCCUCCGCCGGGACAGCCAGGGCGGGUCCCAGCAGUCCCGCCGCCGCCGCCGAGAGUUCGAGGACAGCCAAGGUGAGUGGCUGUCCGUCCCAGGGCCGGCACUCCUGUCCAGUUGUGACUGUAACCCUGGAGGCAUCAAGGAGGUGGCUGCUCUGCCGUGGGAAGGGGAGGGUGGUCGGGGAAGGCAUCCUCACAGGCUUAGGUGGUCCGAAAGAGCUCACAGGUGCCCACCACAGUGCACUCGGGGGCAGGAGAAGCCCCCGAGGCUGUCUGCCAAGGGCGGGGCUGAAGGUCAGAGGGAAGACAGUGCCAGCCGGGCCUUGCAGAGCUCCCCUCCAGCAGGCCGCCCCCACCCCACCCAGCAGGGCCAGCUCUGCUCCCUCUCUGGGGCCCCACGCCCGGCUCAGGGUUGGUGCUGGCAUUCUAGGGCUGCCACUGAGGGGAAUCUGUGCUUGGUGAGGAGCGGGAUGGUGAGCUGGAGAGAACAGAGUCUCUGGGGCCUCAGGCAAAUGUGUGAGGGCUCUUCCCGGCCCCAGCCUGAGGCCCAGGCCAAAUGUCUGACCCCUGCAGACUCGGAGGAGUCCUCGUACUGGAGCCGCGGGGUGCGCUACGCCUGCAGCCUUGUGGGGGACUGGCCGCCACCCACGGACCUGAGCGCUGGCGAGGAGGCGAACGCCAUGGUGCUCCGGGAGCUGUACACAGAUUCCCCACCCGGCUACGAGGAGUGCACGGGGCCAGGAGCCACUCAGGUGUACCUCCCCACGGACGCGCCUCCACCCUACUCGCUGACCGACGCCAACCCCGGAGGCUGCCAGCAGGCGCAGAGCGGCCCCCGCACCGUCUCCAUGGAUGCCCUGCCCACUUACGAGGCUGUGUGUGAGGUCCACCCUCCAUCGAGCCUGCUGCCACUGCCAGGCCCGGAGCCGGGGCCGAGGAGCCCCCCGGGCUCGCCCGGGAGGGUUGUGUGAACGCCAGCAGGCCACGUCCUGCCAGUCCCUGAGGGCUGAGCAAGACCUUACAGGCACACAGGGGAGCACGUGCACGCACACGCACA